UCUCUGCAAACUGAAGAUUCGGCUCUCACGGACGGGAUUUGGUUGUUCUCGUUCAUUACAACGAAUCGGUUCUAAGAGCCGACUCGUUUGCGAACGACACAUCAGCUCCCUGCUCUCCUCACACGGUAACCGGGAUGCAGUCAGGGUAAAGCUCUGGUAACGGUAACGGAUUUAUUCAUCGCUGAAUCCUUUCCAGGGACGAUGGCACCUUGUGACGUCAAACAAUGGAUAUCUAUAUUAGCCCCAAAGACCUGAAACCGGUGUGGUCGUGUGGCGGGAAACCUGGCUGUGUUUGUUGUGUUAUGUUAGCCGUUAGCUGCUGAAGCUAACGAGCUGCUAACGGUUAACGGGAGGAUACAGCUGACCGGGGAAAUGUUCCGGUAAAUCACCGGGAGUCACAUGAUGGACGGAGGGAAGCGGAGCCGUUAAAUGUGUGGAUGUUAGCCAGCAUCAGGCCUGCGUUUCAGCUCCGAGAGUUGUUGUUGUUUCUCUCAGGAAGUAACUAAGUACUGUACUCGAUUACAAUUUAGAGGUACUUGUACUUCUACUCCUCUACAGAUCACAGGGAGCUGGAGAUCGGAGGCGGGGCUUAAGGGAAAGCUCCACUGCGCAUGCUCAGUGGGCCCACAUCCUCGUACUCCUUUUCUGGCUUCAUGCACCACUGAGCAGCUUCACAGGACUGAACGAGGCUGGAUCCAGUUCUCUUUAUACAGACAUGAUCAGCACACUUCUACCCCUUCUUGUUUCCUUUCCUACCCACCUCCCUCCCUCGCUGCAGCAGGAAUAAGGAGCUUCUUUUUCAUCUUCUUCCAUGAUCACAAUGGCCCUGAUCCCACUGCCUCAGUUCCCAGAAAACUCCUAUAAAAUGACUGAGGAGGAUGUGAAGAGGCUGAUCGAGUUCAGGGCGUCCAACGAGGCGCUGUUCACCGGGAAGAGGAACUCUGCCAAGAUCGCCUGGAGCACCAUCCUGAAGGGUCUCGGUCUGGAGGGUAAGCUGACGGCCGACCAGAUCGCCAAAAAGUGGGACAACCUACGGACUAAAUACAAGGACCUAAAGCAGCCGUACCAGGGCCAGGACAGCCUGGGGGGGGUGGUGGAGUCGUGGCCCUGGUUCCACAUCAUGGACGAGGCGAUGCACGGACGCCUCUACAACAGCAGCCUGGUGCUGAGCCUGGACGGGACGCGGCCCCCCCACAACCACAACCAGAGCCAGAACCAGAGCCAGGAGAAUACCGACAUCCUGGAGUUCCUCAUCAAGACGGAGAUGGAGGACACGGUGGCGCAGGAAGCAGCAGUACAUGAUGGGACACUGCACGGUGCGGCUCCUCCCGCCGAGGGGGUCCCGAUGGGCUGGAGGAGGAUGAGUGAGUGCUCUUACAAAAUGUCUGAAGCAGAAACCGAGAGGCUGAUCAAACUCCGAGCGGCGAACGAGGCUCUGUUCACCGGCAGGAAACACUCCGCCAAACCGGCCUGGAGAGCCAUCCUGUACGAGCUGGGUCUGCAGGGGAAGCUGACCACCGAGCAGCUGGCCAAGAAGUGGGACAACCUGAAGAGGAGAUACAAGGAGCUGAAGUUCCCGGCCCGCGGCGUGGAGACCAACCCCAGCUCCUGGCCCUGGUUCUACCGCAUGAACGACGCCAUGGAGGGCCGCUUCAUGGGCGCCGCGCCCAUCCUCACGCCCAUCGUGGAGGACGAAGACGAGGACUGCGAACCGCUCUCGCCGACGCCGAAGAAGCGAGCGCGCCGCAGCCGGGGCGGGAUGGCGGAGUUCCUGACGGAAUCGGAGAUGGACUUACUGGUGGAUCAGGAGGACAAGACCGGAUCCACGGCUCUGGGAGACCUGCAGAGGAUGGCCGAGUUCACCUACAAAUUGACAGAAGAAGACAUCCGGAGGCUGAUUGAGCUGCGAGCUGCAAACGAGUCUCUGUUCACCGGGAGGAGGAACACCGCCAAACCUGCAUGGAGGGGGAUCGUGAAGGAGAUGGGGCUGACGGGGAAGAUCACUCCCGAUCAGGUGGCCAAGAAGUGGGACAACCUGAAGACCAAAUUCAAGGACCUGAAGUUCCCUCCCCGGGGGAUGGAGGGCCAAACGUUCCCCGCCUCCUGGCCCUGGUUCUCCCUGAUGUGUGACGCCCUAGAGGGCCGUCUAGCGGGGAAGGCUGCCCGGGUGACGCCUGUGUGGAGCAGCGAGGAGGACGCCGUCUUCGUCUCGUCCCCGCCUCCUCCUCCCCCCGAGAGAGACUGCCUGCUGGAGGGGAGGGGCAGCGUAUCGGAGCUUGAGUCCAUGGUGGGUGGGGGGGACGCCGCCGAAGCUGAUGGGAACGUGACAUACAUCGACGCCAGCGGAGAGGAGUGCUCCACGCCGUCGGACCACUCGUAUAAAAUGACGGAUCAGGACACCAGGAGGAUGAUCAAACUGCGAGCCGCUAACGAGGCGCUGUUCACCGGGAGGAGGAACGCUGCCAAAGCCGCCUGGAAGGCCAUCCUCCUGGAGAUCGGGCUGCAGGGAAAAGUCUCCACCUACCAGAUGGCCAAGAAAUGGGACAAUCUGAAGAGGAGAUACAAGGACCUGAAAUAUCCUCCUGUUGGGAUGGAGAACAUGGCGGACAGCGCCUCCUCCUGGCCGUGGUUUCAGCUGAUGAACGACGCCAUGGAGGGCCGGCUGACGAGCAGCGCCCCCCUCCUCACCCCCGUCAACCAGGACGACGACCAGCACCCGGUUCCCUCCCCCAGACACCGCUCCCGGCCCUCCCUUCCUCCCCCUCCCCCCCAGCCCUCCUCAGACUUCGUGGAGGAGGCGUUCGGUGGCGACGGCGGUGACUCGGGGGUGAGUGAGGCUCAGCUGAGCGGCCUGGAGAGGGAGUGGGAGAUGGUGGAGACGGAGCGGGUGGCGCUGGAGAGAGAGAGGGAGAUGGUGGAGCGAGACCGGGCGGCGGUUGAGAGAGAGAGGGCGGCGGUGCAGGCCGAGCGACUGUGGCUGGAGAGAGAGAGGGAGACGCUCGGUCGAGAGAGGGAGGCGCUGGAUCAGAGGGCCCUUAUGAUGAACUCUGUGGGGCAUUCAGGACACCUCAACGCCCUCAUGUAGAGGCCGGGCCUAAAGAGGACCUCAAGAGGACGCCCCGGGUCCUACAGCCGGGACAAACAGCUCUGUGAACAGCAGUGAGCUCUGGGACAUGAAGCUCCACGGACCGAAAGGGGACGCUCUGGGGACACAGAGCCAACAGCUGCUUGGUCCUGGAGUGGAGGUCAGCUGGGAAAAAGCACUGCGAGCUCCGUGAGCAACAAGCAGCGAGCUCUGGGGACAUAAAGCUGCAGGGACGUAGAGAGACGAGCUCCACGAUGUCUCUGGGGACAUAAAGCUGCAGGGACGUAGAGAGACGAGUUCCACGAUGUCUCUGGGGACAUGAAGCUGCAGGGACGUAGAGAGACGAGCUCCACGAUGUCUCUGGGGACAUAAAGCUGCAGGGACGUAGAGAGACGAGUUCCACGAUGUCUCUGGGGACAUAAAGCUGCAGGGACGUAGAGAGACGAGCUCCACGAUGUCUCUGGGGACAUAAAGCUGCAGGGACGUAGAGAGACGAGCUCCACAAUGUCUCUGGGGACAUAAAGCUGCAGGGACGUAGAGAGACGAGCUCCACAGAUGUCUCUGGGGACAUAAAGCUGCAGGGACGUAGAGAGACGAGCUCCACGAUGUCUCUGGGGACAUAAAGCUGCAGGGACGUAGAGAGACGAGUUCCAGGAUGUCUCUGGGGACAUGAAGCUGCAGGGACGUAGAGAGACGAGCUCCACGAUGUCUCUGGGGACAUAAAGCUGCAGGGACGUAGAGAGACGAGCUCCACGAUGUCUAUGGGGACAUAAAGCUGCAGGGACGUAGAGAGACGAGCUCCACGAUGUCUCUGGGGACAUAAAGCUGCAGGGACGUAGAGAGACGAGCUCCACGAUGUCUAUGGGGACAUAAAGCUGCAGGGACGUAGAGACAAGCAGCAUAGAGCGGCCAGCUCUAGGAACAAAGGGCAGCAAAGACCUGGAGCGACCAGCCCCAGGAGAAGAGGAGAUCUCCAGGGAAGGGCGAGUGACGAGCUCCUGGGACAAUUACUCAGGUCCUCUGAAGACGUGAGGGGAGGUAGAGUGUCCCUGCAGAAGAGGAGACCUCUCUUACGGAGGUCACAGAGGACUCGUGGAACCGGGUGUUUCUAAAGAACCAUGUUCAGAUUUCAGUCUGCAGCUCACAGAGUCCUGCUGAGACCACUGACCUGUAGAAACCCCAAAGUCCUGUCAUAGAAAUGUAGAGUAGGGGUCUCCAGCUCAGAGAAGCUGCCGGAUGUUGACCUGCAGGUGUUGGACGUUCACACAGUUCGAUUCAGAUGUGUUCAUUGGCAUUGGAAUACAACAGUUAUUGGCUGAUUGGAGCUCUGGGGGUUAUUGAGGACGCUGAAUCCAUUCCUGACAUUUCUACUAUCAGAGAUGGCAGUUUUAGCCAGAGAAUUGCCAUCUUUGUUCUGUCAGUGGGAUCAUUUUGAUGAAUUUUGGUUGAUUGGAAGUUUUAAGGGACGCAAAACUGCUCUUUUUUAAUCAGAAAUGAACUCAGUAUCCUCAAUAACCUCCAAACUGUCCAAAUCAGCCAAGACAUCUUUAAACUAUUGUCUGAAUUUGCUAAUUAAAGAAACUUCUGCUAACUGUGUAAACAUCCCAACUUCUACAGGUCAUCAUCCGGCAGCUUCUCUGAGCUGGAGACCCCUACUCUACAUUUCUAUCCUAAAGCUUUGGGGUCUCAGCAGGACUCUGCUGCAGACGUAGAGCAGCAGGAGAGCUGCACUCACCUUUAAAUGUUCAUAGGAGAGGCUGCUCCGUCAGCUGCUGAUAGGGUCACUCAGACAUAAGAGCGUCGGCAGAGGAGGAGACUACAGAGGGAAAUACAAGAUCUAAUUUGUGAAUGAACCUUUUUUGAUAUUGAAGACACCGCACAUUUACCAGAUGAAACUGCUCGUAACUGGGAUGUGUCCUGGUACCUUUUCAGGGGGAAAAGGAGCAAAUCUUCUGAGAUGAAAGAUAUGUUCAUAUGUAUAUAAAUAUCACAGUCGGACCUGCGCUGUACUCCUCGAGGAUCACCGGAUAUUUUUAAUGUGGAUCCUUGGUGUGGUGUUUCUUUACUUUAACAUCAUUUGGAAACAGAUUAUUUUUCCUCCAAUUUAAUCAUUGAUUUCUAAUUGUGCAGCUCUACCUGUUGACCCCCCCCCUCUUCAGGCACCGCUGCUCUACGUACGCUCCUCUAAAACCACUUUGGACCCACAAUGCUGAAACCAGUCAGAGUUUCCUAUUUAUUUCCACGUCUUUGAAAGAUUUGUCCUGAAGACGCUGGACAGACAGGACACUGAGGACAGACUGCAGAGGAAGAGGCUUCCCCUUCCUCCAGACAGAGACUGAACCAGGCCCGGCCCUGACCAUUGUGCUGGCGCCCCCCCACCCCACCCCAAAUCAUGCGCCCCCCCUUGACAUCAUUAAUAGUUUUUAAAGUCUGAACUAUUUCUUUUUAUCUUGUUUUAUUUAUGGCGCCCCCCAUGGAUGGAUGGGCCUUUAGCAUUCGCCUAUACUGCCUAUGCCCAGGGCCGGCCCUGGACUGACCCCAGGUGUUGUCUUGCGCUCACUUUGUACGAUCUGAAAUGAGAUUAAAGGUUUCCGUAUCACUUACA